CCUCAUCUCCAAUUCCUCCAAGAACGCAAGGCGUCUCAAGGCCGAUGCUGGCUUCAACGCCCGUAACCUCAUACUCAGCAUGGACGACCACGAGCAGGUCACCGACCGGUUCCAAGGCGUCAAACUCUGGUGGUCUUCCAACAACAAAGUCUCUCCCGCACCUUCCUUCUCUUUCUACCCGGCCUCCAACGAUAAGCGCUACUACAAACUCACCUUCCACAUGCGCUACAGGGACCUCGUCACCUCCUCUUACCUCAACCAUGUCAUGGAAGAAGGUAAAGCUGUGGGAGCGAGAAACCGGCGGCGGAAGCUUCACACCAACAACCCAAAGUCUGUGUGGAGUCAUGUGGUGUUUGAACACCCGGCUACGUUUCAGACGCUGGCGAUGGAGCCUGAGAAGAAGGAGGAGAUCAUGGACGACCUCUUUAACUUCAGUAAGAGCAAGGACUACUACAAGAAGAUUGGCAAGGCUUGGAAGCGAGGCUAUCUGUUGUACGGCCCUCCCGGGACCGGUAAGUCUUCUAUGAUUGCCGCCAUGGCUAAUCUCUUGGAUUACGACAUCUACGAUCUCGAAUUGACGUCCGUGAAGGACAAUAUGGAGCUUCGGAGGCUGUUGAUCGAGACUAGGAGCAAGUCGAUCAUCGUGAUCGAAGACAUUGAUUGCUCCCUUGAUCUAACCGGCCAAAGGAAGAAAAAGAGCAAGGAGGAUAAAGAGAAAAACGAAGAUGAAGGUGGCCCAGCAGCAGCCGUUAAAGAAGAAGAGGAAAAGAGUACGGAGAGCAAAGUGACUCUAUCUGGCCUUCUCAACUUCAUAGAUGGACUCUGGUCGGCCUGUGGAGGAGAGAGGCUUAUCGUGUUCACCACAAACUAUGUGGAUCAACUGGACCCUGCUCUCAUAAGGAGGGGUCGGAUGGACAAGCAUAUCGAGAUGUCUUACUGCUGCUACCAAGGGUUCAAGAGAAUUUGAUGCCUAAAUCCUUUGGGGAAAAUGCCACGACGGACUGUCUGGAGGCACUGAUCUGUGC